AUGGCAAACGCGUUUGGUGAAGGAUCCAACGACGAUUACUUGAAGUAUAUGAUUUACAAGCUCCCGGAUGACUACAGAGACCAAAAAUUGAAAUUGGUGCCAAAUGGCAUGGAAAUUGAGACUGAAUACCAAGAGUUCUUAGCUGCUCAAAUCAAGUCAGAACAAGGUGACAAUUACAUUCUUGAAACAGACGCCGGUGAAAUAAAAAUUGCCAAGAAAGAAUGUUACAGCAGAAAUCCAUCUAAGUUUGAUGGUGUUGAUGAUAUGUCACAGUUGACUCAAUUGUCUGAAGCUACUGUCCUUUAUAACUUAAGGCUGAGAUACAUGAAAGACAUCAUCCACACUUAUUCGGGUCUUUUCUGUGUUGUGAUCAAUCCAUAUCAGUUCUUCCCAAUCUACACUCAUUUCAUGAUCAAUAAGUACACUGGAAGAAGAAAAGAAGAAGUUGCUCCACACGUCUAUGCUAUUGCCGAAGGUGCAUUGACUCAAAUGAGAGACUUGUCUGCUCAAUUCAGAAAUCAAUCCAUUUUGAUCACUGGAGAGUCUGGUGCUGGUAAGACUGAAAACACCAAGAGAGUCAUUCAGUACAUUGCUACCAUUGCUGGAAGAUCAAAUGCAGCUAUGGGUGAUAUUGAGAACCAAUUGAUCCAAUUGAAUCCAAUGCUUGAGGCCUUUGGUAAUGCCAAGACUGUUAAGAACAACAACUCAUCUCGUUUCGGUAAGUUCAUUGAAAUUCAAUGCCAAGCCAACA